AAAAAGACAUACAUAGUAUAAGCUGGUGAAGAGAAAUAUUCGUCGCAAAAUGAGUGAAAUAGGUGACACGGGACUUAAUGAGCGCAAGCUGUCUGGAAAUGAAGAACAUGAAGAGGAAGAGAGGAUCAAAAGUGAAAACAAAGCUCUCAAGCAGAAAAUCAUGUGCAUCAUUUGUAAAGCGGAACCUAGAUCGGUUCUCUUCCUGGGCUGCAAACAUCUCGCCGUAUGUGAAGCAUGUCACAGGGAUUGUACCAAUUGUCCACUAUGCGACCAGCGCAUCAAGGCUUUCAUUGAUGUUGUGUGGGCAUAACCACCAAAAGGGCACAUGUACUGUAAUUAUAAACUACAAACAACACGUGUGAUGUUUUAUACUGACAAUUUCGGAGAAAAUAUUCAUCAGAUCUUCAGAUCUGUACAUUCUUCAAGACUGUGAUAAUUAGCGCUUUCUGUGAUAUACGUUUUGUGAUUCUACAAACCAACAUACAAUUAAGAAACAAAAAGUACAUUUGUAAUUUACUAUCAUAACUAUGUUCUUUUUAUCCUUUUUAUAUUUUAAGUAAGUUUUGUUUAACCUGUUUACCAUCACUAAAUCAGAAUCGAAUAAUAAAAAGAUCACCAUAGAAUAAUUAUUUGAAAUGUUCAGAAAUCACA